CAUUUCUGUUAAUACUUAAUAGUGACAAACAAUUUGUGAGACUACUAUAGGAAGAUAGUUACAAGAGUUAAAUAUCAGUAACUAACUCUGGCUAUAAAUACAGUACUUCCAUUGUAUUAACAUUCCAUUCAUUCAUCUCUUAUCAAUACAAUUCAGUUUCUCAAAGCCUUUGUCUCUCUCUUUUUCCUUCUCUUCAAUUUGUUCUCAACAUUCUUGCUUGAACAGCAAGCUUUCUUUCUCUCUUUCUUGGAUGUUAAUACAAUUUUCAUCAUGAUCCUGAUCACCACCCAUCAACACUUGAACAAUGUUAUGUAUGUCAUGACUCACGUGUAAGUGAAGUUAACAUACAUAUUAUUAGAAGCUAAAUUAGUAAGUGUAGAACAUUUUAAGGAUCUUGCAUAAUCUUAAGCCUUAAAGAAGAACUCUAGCAAAAAAACUUAGUGAGUUUAUUUAAUUUUAAUUGGAAAGAUUGCGAAUUACUUUUUUUAGUCAAUAAUUAGUUAAUAUUUUCUUUAAUUUUUUCUUCUUGUAAUCUUUACUUAUUGGUUAUUUUAUUGGUUGAGUUGGUAUUCUAGUAAAACAGUUAUUUUAAAUAUCAUUGUACGAAUUAUUUGAAUAGAAUAAUUUUUAAAAUACCAAUAAUCAGGGAUGUGCUAUUUAUUGAUUAAUUGAAGAUUAAUGCAUGAUCAGUUUAUGCUAAAUAUGUUUUAAAUUUCAUUAGAUACAUAAAAAUAUUUAAGAUAUAUCCAAAUAUGGUAAGUAUUUUUUUUUUUUUUCAUAUGACAAGCACACACUAAUAGGGUCAUUUGACUAUAAAGUGAUGGAUGAUGACAUGUGGGUGGACUUGAGUGUGGAGCCAUUGCUGGCCUCCUAAAGAGGAACCUGCAUGGUGAUUCAUUUUGAGAACAGCUCCAAUUUGCAUGCAUCAUAUUACUAUAUAUUGUUAUGGAGAUUCAAAACCAUCAAGUCCAAGUUUCCUGUUCAUCAGGAGAAUCCCUUAGAGGAGGAACAUCCUUCUUCAAAACAUGUUUGAACGGACUCAAUGCCUUGUCAGGUGUUGGGAUACUCUCAAUGCCAUAUGCAGUGUCUCAAGGAGGGUGGACGAGUUUAAUUUUGCUCCUCAUUGUUGCUACUGUGUGUUGGUACACAGGAUUGCUUCUUCAAAGGUGCAUGGACGCACAUCCAUUAAUCAAAUCCUACCCUGACAUAGGCAAUGUUGCUUUCGGUUACAAAGGAAGAGUUGUGGUAGCCAUUUUCAUGUACUUAGAGCUCUAUUUAAUUGCGGUAGAAUUUCUCAUUCUAGAAGGUGACAACCUUGAGAAGUUGUUUCCAAAUAUGAAUUUCAAGAUUGCUGGCCUUAGAAUCCGAGGCAAAGCCGGUUUUGUCUUGCUAACUGCGCUCGUGAUACUGCCAACCACUUGGUUGAAAAGCUUGGGAGUUUUGGCCUACAUUUCUGUUGGUGGGGUUGUGGCUUCUCUUAUUUUGAUUGUUUGUGUUGUUUGUGUUGGUGAAGUUGAUGAAAUUGGGUUUCAUCAGAAAGGAGAGUUAGUUAAUUGGAAAGGGUUGCCUUCUACUGUAAGUCUCUUUGCAUUUUGUUACUGUGGACAUGCAGUCUUUCCUACACUGCGCAAUUCCAUGAAAGAUAGAACUCAAUUCUACAAGGUUUUGAUGGUAUGCUUCAUCACAAGCACUAUAACCUAUGGGUCCAUGGCUAUUAUAGGGUACAAGAUGUUUGGAGAACAUGUGAACUCUCAAGUAACCUUAAAUCUUCCAACAAAAAAAAUAAGCACUAAGAUAGCAAUUUACACCACAUUAAUUAACCCUUUUACCAAGUAUGCUGUUAUAAUCACCCCAAUAGCCAAUGCGAUUGAAGAAACAUUACCACUUUUAUAUAAGGGUAGACCUAUUGUCAUCCUCAUCAGAACAACCAUUGUGCUAAGCACCUUGCUUGUGGCAUUAUUCAUUCCUUUUUUUGCCUAUGUUAUGGCGUUUAUCGGCGCAUUCUUGAGUGUGGCAGGUUCAUGGAUUUUUCCAUGUUUAUGCCACUUGAAGAUGAAUAAAGCAGCUCAAAAGUUUGGAAUGGAAUUGGUUAUUAUCAUAGGAAUUCUGUUUACAGGGUCCAUUAUUGCUGUAGUUGGUACCUAUAUCUCCAUAAUUCAGAUAAUACGUGACAUCAAGCUAUGAAGAUGGAGAGUUCAAAGUUUCCAAAAUACUAAUUAAUUAAGCAAAUCUGUUAGUCAUGUGUAUAGUAUCAAAUCCAAUUAUUACAAUAAUGGGCCAUUCGGUUAGGAUUGUAUUUGAGCCCAGAAGUGUUUGAAUAAUGGAUGAUAUGUAUGUUUGUGUCCCAAAGCUAGCUCAAUAAUCUUUUAACA